AGAUAAUUUUAUCGGUACUAUUUAUCGAUACCUAUCGUCACAUUACAAACUAUCGAUAACUAUCGAUUAAGUAAAAUAUCGAGAAUUCACCACCUUUAUUCAGAAGUUAGUGCCAAAAGAAAGUAAUCUGUGCUCUCAGUUUUGAUAUUUGUUAGAAAAAAGAGUCAUCAUGACUGGUGGAAACUCUACUGAGAAAUCAGCCAAUAAUCCAUUGGAGCAGUUUGUAUUACUCGCAAAAACUGCAAAAGGUGCCGCUGCUCUGGAACUUAUAAAGCAGGCUGUUGAAACACCUGGUGUUCACGUCUUUGGUGAAUUACUGGAUAUGCCAAAUAUCAAAGAACUGGAGAAUGGACCUUAUGUCCAAUAUUGGAAUACGCUGAAUCUAUUUGCAUAUGGCACUUAUAAGGAUUAUUUAGAAAAUAAAGAUAAAGUGUUAGAAUUAACUCCUACGCAAAAGAAAAAGCUUCAGCAUCUUACAAUUGUUACUCUUGCUACAAGAUCUAAAUGCAUACCUUACUCAGUACUGUUGGAAGAACUAGACAUAAAGAAUGUCAGAGAUUUAGAAGAUCUGAUUAUUGAAGCAAUAUAUGCUGACAUAAUCCAUGGAAAAUUAGAUCAAAAGAACUCUCAAUUAGAAGUGGAUUAUGCUGGUUUAGGACGGGACGUCCGACCAGGUGAUGCUGGUAUAGUGGCUAAAACAUUGGCUGCUUGGGGUGAAGCUUGCGACACAGUUUUGGCAUGCAUUGAACAGCAAGUGACCAGAGCCAAUAUCGAGAAACAAAAGGCUACUUACCAUAAGGAGAGAAUACAAAGAGACAUUACGAAUAUCAAGAAAUCUCUCGCGACUCAAACCGGAGGUGGAGGCAUUCAAGAGGCUGAUGUAGCUGGAGGUAGUUCCGGUGCAGGGGGAAGCGAAUCGGGUAGGGAAGCCAUGCCGGUACUGUCGGACCCAAAGAAGAAGUUACAGAAGGUCAAAGGUAUCAAAGUCAGUGAGGUGGAUCUUGUAAAUAUAUAAGCGAUGUAAUGAGUGUACGAUAAGGUAGUUUCCAGUUUCCAGUAAAAGAUUGGUGUAAUAUGUGACAUUAGAUAGAAAGAGAGAAAGAGAGAGAUCAUUAAAUAAAGUUGAAAUAUACAUACGUAUAUAUCAAUUAGCCGUUACGUUAUGUAAGGAGGAAGAAUGAAUGAUGAAUGAAAAGGGUAAUAUUGAAACGAAUUUAUUACUUUUAUGCAAAAAUAUAUAAUUCACGUCGAAUCAAAGAUUCUCUGUAUGUCUGAAAUAUCGAGUUUUUGUAGAAUUUAAGAGCAAAAUAGAGAAACGAUCUUUUUUAUAGAACAUGCCCUGUGCGUAUAGUAUCGGACUCCAUAACGUCAUAUUUGUACGGGAGUUCGAUUUUGUUUUCAACAUUUACGGACUAACUGUUACAAUAAUAAUGAAUAAACUCAAAAGUACUCUUUUAUCAAACUA